AUGCCCAGAGACGAUCUCUCCAUUGAUUUUGUCAAGAGGAUGCCUCAAGCAGAACCUCUUGACCCUGGGUUGAUCUUGGACGACUGGAUCAACCGCGUCCAGAACCUUCCCGAAGAAAUUCGCUUCAUGCACGAAGAGAUAACCGACAAAGAUCGCCAAUACAACGAAUGCAUCCGCAUGAUAGAAGACCGCGAUGGAAAGAUACAAAAAUGGAUCAAGUCCAACGGCAGCCACGAGCCUAAUCCGAAGGAAGAGUUGUUACGUGCUCAGAUUCGUGACAAUUUCGCAAAGGCAGACCGGCUUGCUCAAGACAAGAUCGCAUUGACACAGAAGCUUCAGUUGACCAUGGACAAGCAUCUACGAAGUAUUGAUAUCCAAAUCAAGCUCUUGUACGACCGAGCCGAACCAGGCUUUACCGAUCCCGACGAAGUGCCAUCCCUACUACGUGCCAGCGCUGCAAACCAUACUGCGCCAUCGAUCCGAGCCAUCAACCCUUCCGCAAGUCUUACCGACACCGCCCCCCCGGCUGCGACAAUAACCGCAACUCACAGUAAUCCUGCGACUACCAGACUUCCUGCACAUCCUCAUAUUCGACUUGCCCAGCCUCAACAAAAUGGACCUCAACACUCUGCUUCUGCCCCAGCCACGCCCGCAGCUAGCAUGAUCCUCAAUAGACAACGCGAAAGCUCGGCAAGCCCGGCGAUGAAGCGUGGUCCGCGAGCAAAUACAGGUCCAGGCAACGCGCCUACCACAUCCAGCGGCCUGGCUAGGCAUUCCUCGCUUGGUCCCGGGACGUCAAAGAAUGCAUCUGCUUCAGGCGCUGGAGGCGUCGUACGGGCUGGCAGUGCUGGCCCUCGAUCUACCUCUGUCAAGGCGGGCUCGAACGCUGGCAGCCGCCGGGGCACGCCGACUGCGGUAUCACGAAAGAAACCACCCAACAAAUCCUACUUGUCACGUGUAAAGAAAGCUUCGGCGCGGAACUCGCCAGCUUCCACUGCAGACAGCGAUUUGUCCGAAGCAGAAAGCCUGAGUGGCGAAGAAGAAGAAGCCGGAGAUGGUCGACCAAGGGGCACUCCCACGGUUGAUGGCAAGGAUGCCGAGGGGGAUCAUCCGGUUGGAGAUGCUGACGAUGACGAGGAGGAUGGCGGCGAUGACAAGAAGUAUUGCCUGUGCCAUAACGUAAGCUAUGGCGACAUGGUCGCUUGUGACAACGACAAUUGCCCUUAUGAGUGGUUCCAUUGGUCUUGUGUCGGGUUAAAGAGCGAACCUAAUGGUACUUGGUACUGUCCGGUUUGUGCUGAAAAGUUUCAGCGCAAAGCAAAAUAA